AUGUUUAUUGCAAAUCAUUUUUUAACCAGACGUUUACACCGCAAAGCUUCCGCGCUGCACAUAUGACUCACUCAUGUCUCUGUGUGGCUUCCUGUUCAGAUAUGUCACCCGGUUCUCUGUCUCGACAGUCUCUGCACAGCUCUUUAACCUCAGUUAGCAGUCUAUUGUUCCUGCCUUUUGCAAGAGUCCCUCAACAGAUUCGACCUGAUUGAUUGUAAUGAGUUUGGGGAGCUCAGACAUGGCUGGAAGUGCGCUGGGACUGGCCUCCUCUCUCCUGCUCCUUGCCUCUAUGAUACAAGGGCUCCAGGAUGUUGAGGUGUUUCAUCAUGAAGAGAUGGAGGCACUAGUGGGCCAGAAUGUUACUUUACCCUGCACUGUAAGAAAUACUGAUCUCAAGAUUAUUAGCAUUGAAUGGAAUAAAAGGCAAAACAAAGACAUAAAACUGGCGCUGUACAGCCGAGAUUAUGGAGUCAAUUACUUCUGGUCUAAUGUCAGCAUCCAUACUCAGAAGGAGUCAAUGGGCUCUUUACAGCUUUCUACAGUUUCUAAAUGGGACAGUGGUAUCUACAUUUGUGACCUUACGGUGUUCCCUCAUGGCACGAUCAGGAAAGAAACCAAGUUAGAGAUCAAAGAUGAUGCAAUACAGUGUGAUGUUGAUAGCACUGUUGAGGUCCAUACUGGUGGAAAUGUGUCCAUUCACUGCACAGCGCCCUCAGAUGCUCAGUACAGUUGGACCAAGAACAAGAUGGAGGUGUCAGUGAAUGAAUCGCUGGAGCUUUGGCAGGUAACUGAAGCUCACACAGGGGUUUAUACACUGACUGUCAACACAGGAAACCAAACCAUGCAAAAAGAGUUUAUCAUCACAGUGCUCACCGAAACCACAAGCUCAAGCACAGAUCUUGUCACAUUGUCACCACAGUCUAAUGGAACUGAGAUGGGUUUGAUCCAAACAAAAGACAGCAACUUAACCACAUCAGUGACCACUGGGCUUCCAACUGUAAACAACACUUUGCCAUGGACCAUGAGAGAUUUAACAUCGAACAAUUCACGCCCCACCAAUGUGUCAACCCCAUUUAUAAAUGACACACAUGUCAGUGUCACGUCAACCCCUGACCCACAUCACUUUAGCAAUUCCAGCUAUCAGGAGUUAAACCAGACUGACAGCUUGAACGCGUCCACUUCAGUGGCCAGAGCUCUAUCCACAACAGUAAGUUAUGGCAGCACGUUGUCCGGCUCAACAGAGGAGAACAGAAAUGAGUCUAUGUGGGGCACUGGACACCCUGAUGAAACCUCAACCAUGAGCACUGGAAAUAAAACCUUGGUCACUGAGAAUGAAGGUGCCAAAGUUGUCCGCAGUCAUCUGUUGUUGGUGUUAAUAAUCAUUCUAUUGCUGGUAUUGAUCGCUGUGACUGGCUUUCUCUACAGGAGACAUAUCAUAAAGAAGAGGCUGGAUCUACCUCCUCCGUUCAAACCCCCUCCUCCUCCUGUCAAGUAUACUGCAGCAAGACAGCAUGACAUUUACAGACAGCCUUACCCCACCUCAAGGUGCAACUCUGUGACUAACAUGGAAGUGUGAAACCAAACGAUAUCAUUUAAUGCCUAAAAUAAAACCCAACAGGAGUGGAUAAUUAAAUGUAGUAAUGUUGGACUAUGGUGAAAGCUUAAACCUGUCUAAGUAACAUGUAGAAUUAUAAUAAGGUGUAUUGUUCUCGAUUGUAAUUGUUUUAACGCAGUUGCAGGCAACUGUGCAAGUGUUUUUUUUUUCCUGGGGAUGCUAUUGUUUUUAAAAUACUUGCUUAUGCUUUACUCUAAUGUCUUUAAAUUGGUGAUAAAGUGUGUCAUAUAAAAAAUAAAAGAUGGUUUUUCUUGA